CCAGCUCAGUCCACUCCACACACGUUCCUUCUUUUCUUUUUGGUGACCAAAUCCUAAAUCUAUCUUGAUGGUCUUCAAUCGUGUUAAUGCUGUUAAUCUUUUCGUUAAAUUCAGUUUGUAUUUCUCACGUUUUUCAAGGUCAUAUCUUGGCUGUUCUGUGCUCCCUGUGGGCCUGUGGAUUUGCUAAAAUUUGCGCAAUCCUGGUCUAGUUGUCGUUUGAAAUUAUUUUCAAAUUAUGGACCAAACGGCAUCGAACAACACAAGAACAGCAGGCAAUGUCGUGUUUCUGCAGGCAAAGAAACGCGGCAGGCCAAAGAAGAUUGAAAACGCGACGAUGUCCUGCAAAGUUAAUGAAGUGAAAAGUACCAAAAGGUCCAAGUUGCAGGCAGAAGGGAAAAAUGAUGACAAAAAGAAUGGCAACAAUUUUUCCAUCAGCAAAAUGACAGCAGAGGCUGUUGGUUCUAUCAAAAGGUUGAGCUCUUGGACUAAGCAGACAGAACCUGAAGAGGUGGAAAAUGCUCUUCUAAAAAACUGGGUCCCAGGCUACAAAUUCUGCAAGCUGUACAGUUGCUAUUGGUGUCAGGAAUUUUCUUGGGACACCAAAAUGUGCUCCAACUGCAAGCGAAUGGUGCCUGCUGGGGCAAGGUUGCUCACCGUCAAGAAUUAUGAAAAUGUUGAUCCUGUGGUGGACAAAGCCAGACCUAUUUUCCACCCUCCUCCUAUUCCAUGCUACAAAGAAGGUGUUGCAGUCUUCUGCUCCUCCUGCUUUUACUUCUCUCUGGAUUUAGAAAUUUGUGACAAUUGUGAUGCCACAAUUAAAGAGCCUUUGAAUUGCUUCCACAUUGAGUUCUCACCAGAAACUGUCCAGGGUGCCAAAACCAGCAACAGCUUGAGAGUUGAUUUCAAACCAAGGAAAGUGGGAACGAAAUUCAUUGAGUGCCCACAUUGUUGCUUGAGCACCAUUUCUGGCUCCAAAACUUGUGUUCACUGCAAGGGUCAAAUUCCUAAGGUUGUGAUCAUCACUUCAGACGGCAAAAGUGGAAACGUCCUCAACUUUACAUGGCCUGUCAAGUCUGAACUGAUUGAUGGUGUGGUUUCAACCUAUCCUCCAAAAUAUGUACCAGUUUUCAAAGAAAACUCAUUGACUACCUGUUUGUGGUGCCUUGCUCUGUCCUUUGACCUCAUGCGCUGCUCCAACUGCUUGAGGCAACUGCCUAAGAACAGACAUCUUGUGCCUCUUCAGGCUGACAGCCUCUACGGUGUUGGCUUUGGACCUGCUAAACCCAAUUAUGACCCCAUUCCAAUCCCAUAUUUGAGGCCAGGCAAAAUGUCCGUCUGCCAAGAGUGCAAAAACUACAGCAAGAAUUUGCGCCAAUGUGAACACUGCGGCGAAAAACAGCGUAAUUAUGUUGCCAUCAAUGUUAGCUUCAGAAACACCAAAUUGACCCAAAAUGAGAAAAACGAGAUCUUGGUGCCAUUCACUCCAAGAAUGGUCAACAAAGUCUACAUGGUGUGCCCUCAGUGUGAAUUUACAACAGACAAGCAGAAGUGCAUCCACUGCGGGCUGCGGAUUCCGUCUGUUGUCAAAAUCACCAUCCUUAGCAGGGAGUCUGGAAGAAAAGGGAGAAAUUUGCAGGGCAAGGUCAUCCUAGGCCGGUUCAAGGCCGACUCUUUAACUCGUGAAGAUCCUCUUGUCAACUCUGGCAGCAUUACAAAAAAGGAGAGGCAAGAGAUGGUGACUGAGUUGCCUCGAAACUAUGAGCCUAGGUACAGAGAGAAGGGAGUUGUCCAAUGUGAAACUUGUUUCUCCUGGAGUUGGGACUUCAACAGGUGCUCUAACUGCCAUGCUGAAAUCUUACCCUCAUCCUUGGCUAUUUUCCCAAAAUCAAGCUUCAAACACCCUGCUCUAGAUGAAACGAGACCCAUUCUGACCUCUCCAACUCCUCUUAUUAGACUGGGGAUCAUGGCUUUCUGCACUGGCUGCAUUUCAUUUGUGCCAAAGGCUCCGAGGUGUGCCGAGUGCUUCAAAGAUCUUAGUGCAAAAUGCGAAACUUUCUUGGUUGAAGCUCAAGCCGCGGCCGACCCUCCACACUCACACAGCGUCAAGUUCCAGCCACGGAUGCUCACCGACAAGUCGAUGACCUUCUGUAUCCACUGCGGCUUUUCGACCUCCAAAAAUUCACACUGCACCUUCUGCUCGCAGCCUGUGCCUCGUUUGUGCACUGUGACUCCUUUGGACGGAUUGAAGGAACUUCCCUUGGAGCUGAACUUUGCCCAGGUCAAGGACAAAAACACGGACGCCAAGCAGUCCAGUGAAGAGGAGUCUGCCGUUGAGGCGGAGCUUAUUAGGAUCCUCGAUUGGAAGGAAGCUACUGGAUUUGAGGAGAAAAACGAGGCCAAAGAGUUCCUCGAAUCGAUCCCCUUCGGAGUCAAACAGGAGGUCGUCUACGAUCACCAGGUCUCCUGUUUUCCUGAUGAAAUCUUUCUGCUGGGCAAAAAGGAUGACUAAAUGGCAAGUACCAGCAUGCUCAGAAAUUCUGUUCACAUAUCUUUGUGUUUUGGGGGAUUAAAACCUCCUUGAUUAAAACAUUAAUUACGAAAGGAGCCA